AUGAAGUACCUGUAUGUUCGGUGGGGCAUAAACUUGUCAAAUGUUGUGGUUGUCGUGGGAGAGUGUGGGGACACCGACUACGAAGGAUUGCUUGGUGGAGUACACAAAACUGUGGUAUUGAAGGGAAUCUGCAGCGAUGCCCGUAAACUUCAUAGUAACAGAAGCUAUCCUCUUGAACAUGUUCUUCCAAUCGACAGCCCCAACAUUGUUGAAGCUGAAGGAUGCAAUAGCAAUGACAUAAGUGCAGCUCUGGGAAAACUGGGUGUGCUCAAAGGCUAG